AUGGUAAAUGUGCCAAAGGAACGCCGCACCUUCUGCAAGGACAAGAAGUGCCAGAAGCACACGGUGCACAAGAUUACGCAAUACAAGGCUGGUAAGGCAUCGAAGUACGCUCAGGGCGCACGUCGUUACAAUGCCAAGCAGAAGGGGUUCGGUGGUCAGACCAAGCCUGUGUUCCACAAGAAGGCCAAGACCACAAAGAAGAUCACGCUGCGUAUGGAGUGCAAGGAGUGCAAGACCAAGAAGCAGCUGCCCAUGAAGCGCACCAAGCACUUUGAGCUUGGAGAGAAGAAGAAAUCGGCUGGCCACCAGUAUUAA